UUUUUGUAUAAUUUUGUGAAAGAGCCAAACACGACUCGUCGAAUCGAGAUUAAGAGCCCGUGGUUGAUGAGUGGCACUCAGGCCAACUGUAUGGUAGAGUUCUGGCUACACAUGUUCAACAUGAUUGAGGGACGUAUCAGCGUCGUAGUGAGGACAAGAGACGUUGUAUGGGAAACAUCCUUCUAUGCAGGAAACAGCAGAAAUAUGUGGGAAAAAUUCUCAUCGAAGGUUGGAAGUGUUAGUCAGCCUUUUCAGCUAGUUCUGGAGAUAAUGGAAGGAGACGUGGCACCUGCUCAUCUAGCGAUUGACAAUAUCCAGUUGAUCAACUGUGAGACAAAUAACAGCGGAAAGAAAAAAUGUGAACUGAAACAUUUUAUGUGUUCCAAUCAGUUGUGUAUCGAUCGCAGCCAAGUAUGCGACAUCAGCCGAGACUGUAUGGAAGGCGAGGAUGAAGAACAAGAUUGUGAUAAAGUUCCUUCAAAUGCACGGUGCACGUUUGAAGAUGGAAUGUGUGGUUGGACCAACAUUAAAUUUGAUGACAGUGAGUGGAAGCUUCAAAGCGGACCAACACCUUUAAACCACACGGGACCCGUCGUAGACCACACUUUCCGGAAUACUUCAGGUAAAUACUUAUGGGCCGAGUUCCAUUCAAGAAAAGCAGCCUUUGGGCAUCGAGCUAUUCUAAACAGUGCCAUCUAUGAACCCCCACCGCUGUAUCAUAUAAUACCUCACUCGGGUUACUACAACAGCUGUGAGGUCCGUUUCUUCUAUCACAUGUAUGGAGCCCACAUGGGAGAACUUUUGCUAUUUUGCCUCGAGCUAGACCCGAGUUACCCCACAGGACGUAAAAUAUUUCUGUGGAGAAGUUACGGAGAUCAGGGUGAACUGUGGAAACGACAAGUCAUAACUAUUCCGAAAAUCACUCACAAUUUUCAGCUUCAAUUUCAAGCAUCACGAGGUUUACGGCAUCUUAGUGACGUAGCCAUUGAUGACGUUUCUUUGAGUCCAGAAUGUUUUGGAAUUGGCGUUCCACCGGAGAUAAAUUUGCAAUAUCAGGCAACGACAAAAGCUAACGAAGUAGCUUGGCAACCGUCAGUGUACCCACCUCCAAUUUUAUCCAAUGUAUCAAAAGGGUAUACUUUGACCACAUGUGGAGCCAGAGGGCGUUAUGGUCCGAUUAAUGACCAGUGUAAAGAUACCUAUUCUGGUACCAGCACCAGGGUAUCCGUGAUUAUGGAAGAUCCCUUCAAAGGAGUCCAAAUGUGGACCGUGCCAAAGACAGGAAAAUACACGGUAUUCGCCUAUGGAGCUGGCGGUGGUGAAGGAGUAGAAAACCGAGGUACCAGCCGCGGAAGUUUUGUUCGUGCUACUUUUAACUGGCUCGAAGGGGAAGUUCUGUUAUUUCUGAUUGGCCAGAAAGGUGUCAGCGCCUGUGCUGAAUUAGACCCUCACACUGGUCGUCCUGUUCCCCUGGUGGUUGCUGCUGGAGGUGGAGGCCUGUCUCACACAAGAAAUGAUGAUUUUCGGACAGCAGUAGAUCCUAACGGUCGUGGGAUAAACUCGGGUUUUUUAAUGACUAACGGUCGCUCUUCCCGAACCGGAGCCGGUGCCGGAGGAGGGUGGAACGACACAACUCAAUAUAACACUUCUGGUUUAUCACUGAUAGAGGGCGCCCUCGGUGGACAAGUGUGUGGGGAAGGGCAAAAUUGGAAAACUGAUGGCGGAUUUGGGGGAGGUGGAGGAGGGUGUUCCGCAGGAGGGGGAGGAGGAGGCUAUAAAGGAGGCAAUACUUCUUAUGAAGACAGUUACUUCACCAAUGGUCAAGGGGGAACGUCGUACGUAAAUCCAGAGGCUUUCCUGACCUUUGCAGAACCAGGAUCGCAUAAAGGUGAUGGAAAAGUGGAUAUUGUCCCUGCCCAUACGGACUGUAGCUGUGAAUACAUGUGUGUUCUUUUGGACAAUGAAAAACAAGUCGUACACUGUAUCUGUCCCGACGAUCAGAUACUGCAGUCAGACGGAAUUACUUGUCUCCAUAACAACGAGAAUCCUGGUAUCACCGACCACAAGAGUGACGGGUUUCAUCUUGCAACACAUCACCUAGUGGUGAUUAUUCUGUGUAUCCUGGUGACGGUAGCAGUGAUCUUGUUCUUCUGCCUGCUGGCGUUCAAUCGAUAUCGAAAGAAGGUUAGCCGUAGCAUGAACCAAGAGCCCCUUAAUAGUCCUGAUCUUCAACUCAGUUGGAUCCGUCAAAACAAUGGCGGCAUGGUCACAGAGUAUAAUCCUAACUACGAGUUUGGUGGGAGCACGUAUACCAUCCAAGAUUUGCCAGAAAUACCCAGAGAAAACCUAACGCUGGUCAAAGCCUUGGGCCAAGGAGCUUUUGGUGAGGUGUACGAAGGGUACCUAUCUAAUGUACCAGACGAGCCGUACAACAUGGCGGUUGCUAUAAAGACACUUCCCGAAUUCUCAUCUAGCCAAUCAGAACUGGACUUUCAGAUGGAAGCGCUGAUCAUGAGCAAGUUCAGCCACUCAAACAUUGUUGGUUUUAUUGGUGUAUGUUUCGAAAAAAUGCCUCGGUUCAUCGUGCUGGAGUUGUUGGCAGGGGGAGAUUUGAAGUCCUUCUUGAGAGAUUCUAGGCCUAAGCCGGAUAUGAGGGCAUCAGUAAACAUGUUAGAUCUUCUGGCCUUAGCUAUGGAUGUUGCCAAAGGUUGCCAGUAUCUGGAGCAGAACCAUUUUAUCCACAGGGACAUAGCUGCAAGAAACUGUCUUCUCACGAGUAGAGGACCUGACAGAGUAGUGAAGAUUUCAGACUUUGGCAUGGCAAGGGAUGUCUACAGGGCCGACUACUACAGAAAGGGAGGGAAAGCAACGUUACCAGUGAAAUGGAUGCCACCUGAGGCUUUUCUAGAUGGAAUAUUUACGUCUAAGACUGAUACUUGGUCCUUUGGCAUAUUGUUGUGGGAAGUGAUGUCUUUAGGAUACAUACCAUAUCCAGGGCGUGGAAAUCAAGAAGUAAUACAGCUAGUGACCUCUGGUGGUAGACUUGAGUCUCCAAGGAAUUGCCCAAGUCCAGUGUAUCGAAUCAUGACGCAGUGUUGGCAUCAAAUUCCAGAUAAAAGACCAAAUUUUAGUACUCUCAUUGAGAGGCUCGGUUACUGUAUGCAGGAUCCUGACGUCAUCAAUGCCUCUUUGCCAGUGUUCCGUAGACCCCCCUCAAGUGAACGUGACAUUACCGUAAUGAGACCAACAGAUGGACAAAACAUUUGUUUACAGGUUCAGAGACCAAAGAAUGGGCUAAAUUCUCCGGGAUCUGAGGAUUAUCUCAUGCCGAUGCCUUCUUCCAACUAUAGCUUGAACACGGAUAAAACGGAGGUUCAGUCGUCGUCCAGUGUGGAGUCUCUUGAGAAGCUUCUGCAUCUGGAAGAUCCUUCGAUUCAUCGUCAACGUAGUAACGCCGCCGAGUUGAAAGACCCAUCAUCUGAUGUAUGGGAAACCAGCUUCGUCGAGCCAGGGACUUCUCAGACCGCCUCGUCCUCCCAAUCGUUACCUAAUGGUCAUCUGAGAAAACGACCGAAAGGUUAUUCUGAGAUACCAACGUAUGUGGAGCUUCCACCACGCCCAUAUUCAUACUACAACUGUGGAAACAAUACACCUAAGGAAGGUAGCAAACACAUCCACGGAAAGGAAACAACAAAACGGACGAGAAGUCUAAAAUCUCUAGACGCACUUCCGAUUGCUCUAGGUAAUAACGACGUUCCUCCGCCAGGUUGCCACAUUCAACAGCCAAACGGACCGCUUGACUUAGGUAUCUUAGGAUCCAGUGACCACCCAGUUUCAAGUAAUCACGUUCAGCAGUCAAACGGACCGCUUGACGCAGUUGCUCUGGGACAGCAGUCAAGCCGCUAUCCAUUGGCUUACAUGAAUGUUGAUGUAAACUCUAACACUAAAUACAAUUUACAUCAGACUGGAACUGGGGCUCAGCGAGAAAAUAACGUAGCUUCGGUCUCUGCAAGACUUGUGAACACCGACGAAUGAGAACGUUAACUAUUGAUACCUGAAAGUGCUUCCUGAAAGUGACAUGAAAAGAGUGCCUCGUGAAACCUAAUGAUCCCUACGGAAUACAUUACUACCUAUACUUCCCGCCAUCUAGAUUGUUGAUAGCUACGAGUUUCAUCCUUCCCUCUGUAUGACGUAAAAUAUCUCAGAAAUAUUGGUUUGUUUGUAGUUAAGCACAAAGCUACACAAUGGGCUAUCUGUGCUUUUCCCACCACGUGUAUCGAAACCCGGUUUGUAGCGUUGUAACUCCGCAGACAUACCGCUGUGCCACUGGGGGGCAGAAAUAUUGGUAAUUAGGAAUAUUAGUGACCCCUAUAUUGAUUAUUGAAAGUACUUCUCGACCCUCAUUAUCCUAUUAGAAACAAGCAAAAAAUAAUAAUUAAUUAAGAAACGAAUACGUUUAAAAUGCUAAUUAAACAAACACCUCUAUACCCAAGAAACAAAAAUCAAUAGUGAAAUACUUUAAUUUCCAAACUGAGCUACGUUAGCUUCUCCGACUUGGAAAUCUCUGCUCAACAAAACCUUGUAUGUGUGAAUUAACUAUCCCAGAAAGAAACGUGUUUGAAUACAGAACCGAGACGGUAAUUUUAACAUGUAGAAUGAGAUGAAUUAUUUACCAUAAAAUUAAUUAUCAAAUAUUGGCAUGAAUACAUACAAACACUUUUUGUUGUUGUCAGAUUAGUGUUUGCUGCCAGCUCUUUAAUCAGGUGACAGAUUUGGUUGACUUGUGUACGUUAUGUUCAUCUAGUCUGAUGUUAAUUUAGUGUUCUUAUGUCAUGUUUUUAUUAGUAUGAAUGUUUAUCUGUACCUUUGAUUUAUUGAAACUGAUAUAUUUCAAAUGUCUUCUGAGAAUAUGUUUUAACUCUAAUAAAAGAAACGGCUCGUUUUCAUUACAGAAUUUCUGUUAAUUUAGUAGAAUAGUGUUUUUGUAAACAAUUUCUUUAAACACUUUGGCAUUCUUGUGUCAUUUCUUGUGUGAAAAAGAUGCUGAUAAUUUGAAAUUUUUCAUCAUAUGUAUAUGAAAAGUGUUUUAACCCAACUAGAAUAAACAUUGAUAUAAUCCAUACACACACGUAUGUAUACAGUAAUUAACCAUUUGAAAAAAUAAAUAUAAAACCACAUAGUUAUAAACUAAAUAUUCCAAAGAUAUGACUCAUUAAUAUUCAUCUUAAUCACCAGUUUUCAGAGGAUACUAUCUUUAAAUAGUUGAAACAUUGUAUCUGUAGCUUACACCUGCUCUAUAUCAUUUACAUACUAGUCAUAAGAACUUCCAAGAGAAGCACAACGCGAAUUUUACGAAAACUUUUAAGUGAAAAAUCAUAAAAGUAAGAUAUACUGAUUUAUUUUCACACAAAACAAUAACAUCACGUAUUAACAAGAUUUUAACACUUAUUUUAGGAUGUAUCCCAUUAAACUUAUAGAUAUUGGUAUGUGUAAGAAAAUGAACAGAAACAAUUACGUUUCACUAUCUUCCACAAAAGUUCUUGUUAAUCGUAGAUUAAAUUUAUAUUAAAUUUAUAUUGGAAAUUAAAAAAUAAGACAGAUAAACACCGG